UACAGUCUCGCUCGCUCGCCGCCGCCGCCCGUUUCCCCAUCCCCUUGCCGCGGCCAUCGCCGCCGCCGCCAUGCUCCGGCUCCGGUGCUGCGUCCUCAUCCAGCUCCUCUCUUCUCCACCCCCGUCUCCCGCCUCCCAGCUCCGCCGCCUCAUCUCCGCCGCAGCGCCCGCCAUCUCCCCGAACCCUACCAGCUUCGCCGUAGAGGACUACCUCGUCGACACCUGCGGCCUCGCCCGGCCCCAGGCACUCGAGGCCUCCGCCAAGCUCUCCCACCUCAAGUCCCCCGCGAAUCCCGACGCCGUCCUCGCCUUCCUCGCCGGCCUCGGCCUCUCCGGCGCCGACGUCGCCUCCAUCGUCGCCAAGGACCCGCUGUUCCUCUGCGCCAAAGUGGAGAGGACCCUGGCCCCCGUCGUCGCGGGGCUCACCGGCCUCGGCCUGUCGCGCUCCGAGAUCGCGCGCCUCGUCUCGCUCUCCCGUGACAGAUUCCGCCGUAUGUCCACCGUCUCCAAUGUGCAGUACUACCUGGGCUUAUUCGGCUCCUUCGAGAACCUCCUCCGUGCUGUCAGCCGUGGCUUAUGCCUUCUCUCGGCCAACCUCGAGACGGUGGUCAAGCCCAAUGUGGCGUUCCUGCAGGAGUGCGGGCUAGGUGACUCCGACAUUGCCAAGUUGUGCGUCACCCAGCCAUGGCUGCUCGCCUCCAACUUGGAGCGCGUCCGGGAAGUGGUGGCACUUGCUGAAGGUAUAGGUGUGCCUCGUGGCUGUAGGAUGUUCAGACACGCAUUGAAUGCUGUUGCACGCCUCAGCAAGGAGAAGAUCGCUGCCAAAGUGGAUUACUUGAAGACGACGUUUAGGUGGUCGGAUGCUGAGGUCCGCAUUGUUGUGUCCAAGUUUCCAUUUGCGCUGAUAAGUUCUGACCAGAUGGUGCAGAGCAAGUCAGAGUUCCUGAUCUCUGAGGCGGGGUUGGAACCGGCAUACAUCGCUCAUCGGCCGGCAUUGCUCUUGUACAGCCUGGAGGGCCGGAUCAAACCCCGGUACUAUGUUCUAAAGUUUCUUAAGGAAAAUGGAUUGCUUCGUCAUGACCGAGAUUACUAUAAUGCAGUCAUGCUGGCAGAGAAGGUAUUCAUGGAGAAGUUCAUAUGCCCUCAUAAGGAAGCUGCGCCGCACCUCACAAAAGACUAUGAUGCCGCUUGCAAAGGGGAAAUGCCGACUAAUUUCAGAUUCACAUGAGCCAUGAACGGGUUAUGAAAAUUCGUAUCUGUGUGCUGGUUGUCUGUUGAUGUAUGUCUGCUAGAUAUCCUGGGCUAGUCGUUGCUAACGUGUGAUGAAACUGAUAGUUUGUUUCUGAAUCCUGAUAUGUAGUGUCAUCAUUCAGUUGAGAAGAAACCAUGGCUUCGUUAUGAACUUUUCCAUCCGCAUUAAUGAUUUUAAACACACGUAUUGGACCUAAGAAAGUGUGAGAUGAAGCCAUUCUGCAAUGCAAAUUAAAAUUUUAGUUUUCAAGUUAGUUGCUGGUGCAUUGAGAGUUUGAGACAAUGGGCCUGUUUGCAUCCAGCCAGCAACAGCCUUACCAAAAAUAUUUGGGUAUUGACUGGCUUGUUGGCCUUUGGUUGGAAGCAGAGUUUUUGGUUAUGCGCCAAAGUUUUGGUUGCUCGUUCAGUUCUAGCAUCAGGUUGUUGUCGUAUCCACGCGGCAAAAUAGUGCACUAAUUUUUUGGCGAGCCCUGAUUUGGCGAAUCUGGUAUGGGCGGCAUCCAAACAGCCCUGAUGAGCCAAGGUAAGGUCUCCUUCAUUGUGGGUAAUGAACUCCUAAUGUUCUAUUAAUGUUUUUUAAUUCAUAGUGGAUAAUUGGAGGAUCUUUUUUAGGUAAAUAGUCUUUUCUGAUAGCAACUGGCGGGGAUGUUGCCUCCUGGUUUUAGUGAUUCGUAUUUAGUAGUAUCAAUUAACCUGUCUCUGGCUUAAUCUUAUUUUCAGUUGCUGUUUGAUCUAAAAAUAAUUUAGGUUUGCUCAUAUGCAGAUUCACAGCAAUCCACUUUUGCUCUAGUUAGCUAACUAAUUAUAGAUGUAGUCUUUCAGCUAUCAGCUAUUGAAAGUCUCUGGAAGUGAGUUCACUUAAGUUAUGCUAAAAUAGUACGACUUUACUUGGUUCAGAUGUAACGGUUUGGAGCCAUUGGUCCUACUGGAAAUACCUACUGGGCUGUAGGAUAACUGGGCAGGGCCCACAUCUGUACAUGUUAUCUGCGAAAGAGAGAUGCUCACUUAAAUAAACUUUGAACUAUCACAUAGAGUUGGGUUAUAAGCAUUGGCAUUAUUUAAGAAAGUAAACAAUCAGAUGCAUGGCUAUGGUCUCUGUCGUACAGGUUCCAAUAAAUUUCCUCAUUUUCGUGGUAUAUAGGAUGAACUGGAAUAGGGAAAAUAAGUUUAAGUCAUCAGGCCUAUUUUUGGGAGAAAAUCAUAUGUAACAACUAAUUUCAGCUAAAGAUGUUUUAACACAAUAAUUGGUUUCCCAUGUUACCUUUUGACAAUGCUUUGAGAAGUAAAUUUUAUGUAGGCCGUUGGCUCAAAAUGCAGCUCACCAUUUAGUGUGAAUCUAAUGUCUUUAUGAAGUGUAUGCUUUAGCAUUUUAUACUAUUUACUGAGACAAUGGUCCAGACCGGACCGAUGGCAACAUUUUAUACUAUUUGCUGACACGUUUAUAUAUGUCAAUGCAAGAAUAGAAAUGUGUAUGUUGUGUUGUUUGUGUAGUUCAUUAAAACAUCUAUUUACCUACUGUUUGGUUAGUGCUUGCAGGAUCUGACAAUAGCCUAUUCUGCCUCUUACAGCUCUCAUCCCUUCUUCUUGACAUGAAGGAGAUUUGCAUCCAUUUACGAUUUCCUAGAGAGUUUAUAAAGGCCUGCUCAUGUUAAUCUUGGAAACAUACCACAUGAAGGAACUAUUCUUUUUUAGAUCUUCAUUGCAUACGCUCUCUAAUUUUUUGUUCAUGGUUUUCCUUUUUACGUCCUUGCUAAAAUAUUCAACCUUAUAGUUAUGUUAUUUGGGCUACACAUCCACAUGUUUGCUUUCUAUGAUUGCUUAUACACUCGAGAGAUUAUCUUGAAUUCUGGGACUCGAAAACGUUCUCUGACUUGGCUUUGUCUAUAUUCUGCAUUGUUACUCCAGAUAGAAUCCACAGUAGUUAGAUAAGUUUGCUUGAAAACUUCUGACUGAUGGACAUGCUGGUCCAAUGGCAACACCAGCCAAUCAUGUACAACUUUUGUAGUCAAAGCAAAGUGAUGGUUGUUUAUAGAUGAUGAUUUACAUAGCGGUUCGAUGCUAAUUAAAGUAACUUUUCUUGUGCUCCAUGAUUAGACGAUUGCCGUCUUGGCCCUUGAAAAUAUCAUUGGACAAAUUACUGCUUUGUACGAAAUACUACUCUUAUUUUCCUUAAUCAUAGUUUCCUAGGUGUGAAAAUCUCUCUAUCAGCCUGUUCUUGUUAAGAAGAUGCACUGUCUUACAUAUGAUUCAGAGCAUGUGAGCUGCCGGAUCUGUUUGUAUGUCGCCUGAACCCUACCUAGUGGUCUGCAACGCCUUGAGCAAAAGUUGGGAGUCUAUCACAGAUCGAUUCAGAUCUGAGGCGUUAUAUCUUAAAAGAAUACCGAGAGUUUGUUUAACUGGAUGGACGCAGCCUUGGCUAGAGCAUCUGCAAUUGUAUUUUGUUCUCUUGAAACACAGGCCUGAAGCUUACAAAAAGUUCGUUGCUCAGCUGCAUGGUAACUGGUUGCAGAGUCCAGUGAGGAGCUGGAGUGUUUUCCGCUAGGUAAGUCUGAUGCAUGCGGUCCUAGUGGUGUGGACAGCUUCUGCAUGUACAGGGGAGGGAGGAAUUGCCUGAACAUUGGCAAUAAUAGGGAGUUGGCCCAUGGAUGUAGAGGGAGCUAUGUAUUUGGUGCUAGCUGUUGAGUCUCAAUUGAGCAUGUAACUGUAUCCUUUUUAUGCUUUUUGGCUCGCACCUGUGGUAGAUUCUGGUGUC